UGACAUCAAGAACUGAGCUGAUCUUUGUGAAUAAAACCAUGUGGACCUUGAUUCUCCUCAUUUGUUCCAUUCCCGUUGUCUCCCCAGCUUCAUCAAAUUUGUGGACAAACGAAAAAGUAACUGGAACUGUGGGAAGAUCAAUCACAAUAAAUUGUAGAUAUGACACAUGGUUCAAGUCCAACAUGAAAUACUGGUGUCUUGGUCGGUCUGCCCAUUGCUCAUAUUUGGUGAGAACAACUGAUCCAGGUGGACAGCGAGGGAGGAUGUCAAUCAAAGAUAACACAGCACAAGGAGUAUUUGUUGUGACCAUGGAGGAUCUUCACAUCAAAGAUGCAGGAUGGUACAGCUGUGGUAUUGGUAGACAAGUUAUUGAUGAAUUAUGUGCUGUGAAGGUUGAAGUAUCUGAUGAACCUGUGUCUGUUCCUGUAAUUAGAUUUUUAACACCAAAUAUCUGGUGUUUUGAGAACCUAGUUUCUGUCUCCUGUGAAUCUGUCCAGGGAUCCUUGCCCAUUCAGUACACAUGGUACGAAAGGACCCGAUCUGUAGGUUCAAAGAUUUCUGAAAGCAAUACACUGGAUCUACAUUGUCAAUUAAUCAAACAACAAUAUCAUCAAUAUUACUGCAUAGCCUCAAAUACUCAGGGAGAAAAAUACAGUGAAACGGUGAAAGUGGCAAUCGUCCAGAGAUCAGAGAGGAACUGCAGUUUCAUGGCACAGAUUGGGAGCCGAGGUUCAGGUGUAGUGCCGGUGAAAAAUAAAAUAACAGGAGUUUUGGGAAGAGCGAUCACAAUAGAUUGUCACUAUGACCAAUGGUCACAAUGGUCUGUGAAACUUUGGAUGCACCAGUGCUCUGUUUUAGUAAAAUCAAGUGAACAUCAUGGACAACGAGGAAGGAUGUCGAUCACAGAUAACACGACACAAAAUAAAUUUUCUGUUACUAUGGAGGAUCUUCGCUCAGAAGAUGCAGGAUGGUACAGCUGUGGUAUUGACCAAUUCGGCCUCAUUUCAGUAUCUGCUGUAGAGCUCCAAAUAUCUGAUGAACCGGUGUCUGUUCCUGAACUUAGAUUUUUAUCAUCUCCACCAAAUGCCUCUUGUUUUGGGAGCUCGGUGUCAAUCUCCUGUGAAUCUGUCCAGGGAUCCCUCCCCAUUCACUACACAUGGUAUGAAAGGACCCCAUCUCAAGAUUCAAAGAUCUCUAACACAAAUAAACUGGAUCUACAUUGUCAAUCCUUCAAACAGCAACAUCAUCAAUAUUACUGCACAGCCUCAAAUACUCAAGGAGAAAAAUCCAGUGAAAUGGUUAAUGUGUCAGUCACACACAGACCAGGGGAGAACUGCAGUUAUGUGGCGCAAAUCAGCACCAGUGGAGCUGAUUACUGCUAUAAAAUUUCAACAGUAUCAUCGAAAACUACAAAUUCAAACGUCACGUCUCAACUUAAUAUAAGUCUGGUUUACAUUGUGGUCGGUGCACUGGGGGCCAUGAUCAUUGUUUUUGCUGUUUCUCUGCUUUUGUACCUGAGGCAAGUCAAGAAGGAAUUGAAGAAGAAGAAGAGAACAAAUCAAUGUCAGGCUGCAACAUGUCAUCAGUGUCGCCUUUUUACAAAUAUCCAUCAUCCCUAUUGUAAUUUUCCAGGUAAAGGUGGUAUAGGUGCUGGAACGGAUAAUGCUUUUGAGAAUCAGCAAAUGGUAGGAGCAGAAGAGAACAUUGUAUAUUCAAGUAUUCACAGUCAAAGCAGGUCAAGACAGAGUGAAGGAACUGUCCAUUUCAAGAAUACUACAGAUGGAGUCAUAUAUGCAGAUUUACACUUUCAAAAGAAGUCAUCAGCACGGAAUGGUGAGACAUCAAGUUGUUCAGCUAACAGGGGAAAUGCCCUGGUUCAAAGCCAGCUUCCAGAGGACAAUGUAGUCUCUUCAACAACAGAGAAUCCACCUGAAUCUGAAAUGGCAAUUUAUGCUAAUGUUAAAUGUUCGUCAGGCUUCUUGAUCCUUGCUGUAGCUGCAGCAUCAAGAUCUGAACUGAUCUUUGAGAAUAAAAUGAUGUGGACUUUGAUUCUCCUCAUUUGUUCCAUUCCUGUUUCAGGUGCUUUAUGGGCAGAGGAACACGUAACGGGAAUUUUGGGAAGAGCGAUCACAAUAUCUUGUCAUUACGAAGCGCAGCAGUACCAGUCACACGUGAAAUAUUGGUGUCAAGGAUGGAGUCGUCUGUGUUCUGUUAGAGCAAAAACAAAUUGGCCAAAUGGGAGAAUAACGAUCACUGACGACAAAACACAAGGAAUAUUUCUUGUCACAAUCACUAAUCUUCAAUGGGAAGAUGCAGGAUGGUACAACUGUGGGAUUAAGACUUUUGCCUUUGACCCAAUGUUUAAUGUAAAGCUGAACAUCUCUGACGAAGCCGUCUCUUUUCCUGGACUUCGAUUUUUAUCCCAACCAAAUGUCUCAUGUUCUGGGGGUUCAGUGACAGUCUCCUGUGAGUCUGCCCAGGGAUCCCUCCCCAUUCACUACACAUGGUCUGAGAAGACCCCAUCUCAAGGUUCAAUGAUCUCUGACACCAAUAAACUGGAUCUACAUUGUCAAUCCUUCACACAGAAACAUCAUCAAUAUUACUGCACAGCCUCAAAUACUCAGGGAACAAAACCCAGUGAAAUUGUUCAUGUGUCAGUCAACAAUGUAAGAGAGAAGAACUGCAGUUACAGGAUACAGACCAACAGCAUCAGAAGGGAAUAUACUUGUGACAAAUCCUCAACAAAAUCAUCAACAACAUUCAAAACAAUAUCACCAACAGCAACAGGAACAUCGGCAGGACCCAAGUCUGUCAGGAAAAGUUACGUUGCCUGGGAUGGGAUACGCUGGGUACUCUUCACUCUCCUGGUGAUUUGUUCUGUUUCAGUCACAUUGUUUACAUGAAAACAUUAGGUGAGCAUCAUGGCCUUUACACGAAUGAUUUUGAGCACUCUAAGUUCCCCAUCAAUGAGGUGGCCCUGGGUGGAGGGGUUUCGAAGCAGGAGACACAGUUUGAGAAGAAUGGGUUGACCAUUUGUGACUGAGAUGAGCAGGAAUUUCUUCACUCAGAGGGUGUUGGUUUGUUGGAAUUCUCUGCUCCAGAGAGCUCUGGAGGGACCAGCCUUGAGUAUAUUCAAAACAGAGAUCGAUAAUGUUCUGGGUAAUAAAGAUAUGGAGGGACAUGGGGUGGUAGUGCAAGUAAAAUGAUAUUCAGGUGGAAGAUCUGCUCUGAUGCAGGUGAAUGCUGAGGGACCCUCGAGGGGCUGAAUGGCCUACUCUGUUCCUGCCUCAUCUCUCUCCAUGGUGGCCUCAUGCUGUUAAAUGCUGUCAUUGAACCAGCCUCCACCAUUUCGUAUGACAGAUCGUUUCACACACAUGCCCAUCCUUUGUGUGAAAAAGUUACUCCUCAGGUCAUUUUGAAAUAAUUUCUCUCUCACCUUCAA